UAUAUUUUAUUAUUUUUCUUUUAAAAAUCCUCAUCAUAACCCAGCAAUGAGUCAAAAUUCUAGUUUGGAAAAUGCUGACAUACAGCAGCAGAGGUGAUGAUGUUGUUUAGCUUUGUGGAUGUCCCCAAGGUCACAGAUACCCUGUGUAACUUGUGAACAUUCUAAGUGGAUACAUUAGUAAGAGACUGCAAUAUGUCUCUAGCCCUCUACUGUGCAUCCCCUCUUAGUUCUGACUUAGAACAGGGCAGUCAUUGUCUCUAAGAGGGCAGCUCACACGCUUCCUAAAUCAUUUGCUGCUUAUGUUCAUCGCUGUCUUUACCAUGAGAAACUUCUCUCUCAUCUCAAAUGAAUUCUUCUAGGUCUUGUUUUUUUAUUCAACCCUCUGAAAUGUGCUAAUCUAAGGAUAGCAGCAUGCACAAGAAACCUCUACCUGUGAGUAAUAAAUAAAUUGAAAGACAAAGGUGUAAGAGGGUGUCACUUUGAAGGGAGGAACACGGGAGGUGUCCAAACAGCAGAGAAAGAUGGGUCUGGGAAGAGAUGACGUGGUUUCUCAGAAAAAGAUGUGAUUGCAAAGGAAUGACCUAACUUUGCCUGGGGUGAGAGAUGUCGUUCCCGGAAGAGGGAACAACAUGCACCGCGCAUGGUGGGGAGAAGACCCAGGCACACUGUCUGGAGCUCCAGUAGGUGGUAAGCAAUGAGGCUGAGCAGAAGGGGCGUGUGAAAGGUCUGCUGUGUACAUGGGUAGACUUGACAGCCAUUUAUUGACUUUGCGCUCUCACUGGGAACCAGGUGAGGAUGGUUUAGAUUGCAGGGUCUCAGUCUUGAUUCUUUGUAGCAGACUAGAGCUCUGUCUAAACUGUGGAACUGUCUUACUAUCUGAACCCUCAGUGCCUGGUACCAGGGCUGGCAUAGACUCAGUGAACAUUCAGACACAUACCAGACAAUCAACUCACUCGUGUUGCCCAGCGUUUGGCAGGCAUCCGCAACCCAGGUCUCCUCUGGCUUUAAUCAGCGAGGGGUGGGGGAGUGGAACUGCAUAAUUUUGGAAUAAUUUAGGAAAACAUUCUCUUUUAUGAAGAACUCUUCAAAACUACCCCUUUUGGAAAGUUGUUUCUAAUAAAUUCAUAACUUAAAAUAUUCUUAUCUCACUCCCAAAUCCUAAAGAUAAGGAAAAGAGAAACAAAUAAAAUACGGACGUAUAAAACUGACUCAUCAUAUCCCAGUUUUAUAGUUUUCAUCAGAUGCUGAUGCUUAGUAACAACUUCAGGUUUCUGACUCCUAACAUCUUCUGAUAAGUAUGAUGAUCAUCAAAGAAUAAAUGAAUGUUAGAGUUGGGUGAACACUUUGAAUUUAUUCUGGUCCAUCCCUCUCAUUUUACAGUUGAGGAAAGUGAGGUCUAAAUAACUUUCUAUGAGUUACCGCCAAAUGAUUUUCUACCAGGUAAUUCAAUCAAUCAACAGCUAUGACUGAGAGCAACUUAUUUUUCUGGUACAAGUCCCUUUAGUUUCUUAAAAAUGCAAGUGUGUCUUCUUAUAAUAACAUUUGCAUUUAUUUGCCUAUAUUUUUCUAACUUGCUUUUUUUCACUUAUUUUAAUGAUUCUCCCUAAAUCUUUGUCAUUCACACAUAGUGAUGUGACAUAGACAAUCUGGUUGACGUGUAUUUAUACAAGCUAAGAUGCCUCACUUAGGAAUAUAAUCUUCUGGAACCAACAUGCUAUAUGCUACAUGUCACAGACCGAAACAUCUUUAUGCAGCAUAUAACUGUGCUUGUCACUCACAUAAUCACAAUAUUUAAUGACUACAUAAUAUCUUAUUGUAUGGAUGAACCAUAAUUUUUGACCUAUUCCCUGUUGUUGGAAUUUCAGGUGUUGUGAGGGUUAUUAGAAAUCUUAGCCAUAACCAAUAAGGCUUAUCCCCAUCAUUCUUACGUGAAGAAUUACUGGUUUGAUUGGACACUUUCAGGGUUUCUGAUACAUGCUGCCAAGUUGAACAGGCAAGGAAAAUUGUGCAGAUUUGCCAUAAACUGUGUUUGAGUACUUUGAAAUCUUAGCAGUUUAGGACCUAACAGAUCAGUUAUUCCAGUUAAUUUGGAGCUCAGAUUUGCUCUAGUUUUAAUAAUAUGAAAUACUGAUAAUUAUCAUACAACCGGUAGUUUGAGAAGCCAAGAGGUUUUCCUCUCAAUUUAUAAACAAAUCUUAAGAGCUUUGUGAGAAACGGUGACUAAAUGGCCAAGAAUCAAAUUAAAAAUGUCCAGCUUUCCUGCAGGAGUCACUGUUACUGUUGGUUUAUUCCUGUGCCAAAACUGAAGAGCGGAGCACUGAAGAAUGUGUGCACAUUCGUUUUUAAUGCCUAACUUGUCUACAUUUCCUAAACUGUAAAAUAAAUAAGGCCUUUCUGCCAGAUAGCAUGCCAUGCCGUGCUCUCUAUAUAAUGACCGACACAUACUACUCCACUCAGAUGCCUGAAUUGAUAAAACAGGUGCCACUCAUAUGAAGGCACAUUAUGCUCUUCACAGCGGAAGCAUUAGCUAAUUGCCCAACUCCAUAAAGAGUGCACACGCAUUUGCCAACUCGAGAAGGAAAGAACACUCCUUGCUGUGGCCAACAGGAUGCCCUCCCUGCACCUUCUCUUUCUGCUUUCUUUACUUUUACUCAAAAUGUACGCAAGCAAAAAAAUAGAUAAGUGACAUGCUGGGAUCAGCAUUCUAUUGUGCUAUUUGAGCUGGAAAGCUGUGCUUUAAACUUUUUCCUCUCUUUCUUUUUCUUUUUUUUAAUCAAGGCUGCUCAAGCGAGAGCCCGAAGUUGUAGGAACUGGGCCAACGAAGCUGCAGGGCUGGGGCAGGAACUUAUCAGGUGUAGCCAGGACGUGCCAGCCCUUUCUGCAAAGCGGGAGUUGUCCCAAUCAUAAAAUGCAAAGCAGCCUGCGGCCCCCGUGGCCCUGUCCCGUCUCUCGUCCGGUGGUUAGGAAGGGCCAGAGGAAGUUUACCCUCUCCACGUCGUUGUCUUAGAACUGAGCCCUGCGGCUGCCUAGGAACUCCGGCUGUGAGUGGUGCAGAGGCCGGGUGCACCCUCAGCUUCAGGUGGACGCAGAGACCUCACGCGUGGCGUGUGGAGUCCCGGGCCAGACGCGUGGCCUCGCUCCUCUUUUACAGCCGCAGCCGCCUCCGCUGAGGCUGGGGGUUGGCGAAACUGUCACCUGUCGCGAGCCGGACCUGGCAGGGCGAAGGGCCUGGCAGCCAGAACGUGCUGGUUACAGCAGCUUGGGCAAGCGGCCCUCCUGGAGCUGGGAAGUCACAGCCAGAGAGGCAAGUGUGAGGACUGCUCGCAGACUCGAGGCCCCUCAGCAACUGACUGUCCCCGUUUGGCCCCAGGAGCCAUAGGCUUGGGGUGCCGGAGGGUCAAUCGAGUAGACGCCAGGGUCGCAGGUUCGAGAAGCUCCGCCUCCUGCUGCUACUUAGAGCGGUCAGCUGCAACUUUCCCACUCAGUCCCGGUCUGUGGGGAACUUCCCAGCCAGAAGCCACCCAGACCCGGUGCCUGCAACCUUACUGCUCGCUCUUGACCUAGGCCCCGGAGAACCCACUCUGCACCCGGCAACCGACGCCCCGACUUCUCACGCGCUCUUCUCCGAGGGGUCCGCUCGGGGCCAGCCGCGCUUCCCCUCCCCCUCGGCUCGCGCUUCCUGGGGCGCCCGGGACCCGGCCGCCCGCACCGACCGCAGAGGGACCCGCACAGCCGCCCGCGCCGGGCCGGGCCAUGGCCCGCUGCUGCUGCCUGUCGGCCGAGGAGAAGGAGUCGCAGCGCAUCAGCGCCGAGAUCGAGCGGCAGCUCCGCCGGGACAAGAAGGACGCGCGCCGGGAGCUCAAGCUGCUGCUGCUGGGAACCGGUGAAAGCGGCAAGAGCACCUUCAUCAAGCAAAUGAGAAUUAUCCAUGGGUCUGGAUACAGCGAUGAAGACCGAAAGGGGUUUACAAAGCUGGUUUACCAAAACAUAUUCACCGCCAUGCAAGCCAUGAUCAGAGCAAUGGACACGCUAAUGAUUCAAUAUGUGUGUGAACAGAAUAAGGAAAAUGCCCAGAUAAUCAAAGAAGUGGACGUUGACAAGGUCGCCAUGCUCUCCCGAGACCAGGUGGAGGCCAUCAAGCAGCUCUGGCAGGACCCAGGGAUCCAGGAGUGCUACGACAGGAGGAGGGAGUACCAGCUGUCAGACUCCGCCAAGUAUUACCUCACUGACAUUGACCGGAUCGCUGUGCCGUCAUUUGUGCCCACACAGCAAGAUGUGCUUCGUGUCCGCGUGCCAACCACCGGCAUCAUCGAGUACCCGUUUGACUUGGAGAACAUCAUCUUUCGGAUGGUGGAUGUUGGUGGCCAGCGAUCAGAACGACGAAAAUGGAUUCAUUGCUUUGAGAGUGUCACCUCCAUCAUUUUCUUGGUUGCUCUGAGUGAAUAUGACCAGGUCCUGGCUGAGUGUGACAACGAGAAUCGCAUGGAAGAAAGCAAAGCCUUGUUUAAAACCAUCAUCACCUACCCCUGGUUUCUCAACUCCUCUGUGAUCUUGUUCUUGAACAAGAAGGACCUUCUGGAAGAGAAGAUCAUGUACUCUCACCUAAUCAGCUAUUUCCCAGAAUACAAAGGACCAAAACAGGAUGUCAAAGCUGCUAGAGACUUUAUCCUGAAGCUUUAUCAAGACCAGAAUCCUGACAAAGAGAAAGUCAUCUAUUCCCACUUUACGUGUGCUACAGAUACAGAGAACAUCCGUUUUGUGUUUACUGCCGUGAAAGACACAAUCCUACAGCUAAAUCUAAGGGAAUUCAAUUUAGUUUAAAAGCUGCUGCCCGCUGCUCCCCUGUAACGGAAGACAUGAUGAGCAACCUCCUCGGUCCAUUUCUAAAUGCUUCAGACAUCCCGAGCCAGGACAUCACAGAUCACUGGGACACAGGGGGUACCAGAACUUGGAAGAUGUCCGAGUUCACAGAGCCUUUUGAAAGUCUUAAUUCCCAAGUUGUUUUUAUUGUUCUUUUCUUGCCUUUUGGUGACAAGAUUUUGUGUUAAUUUUUAAAUUUGGUAUGUUACAGAAUUUUUAAGUCUACUGUGAUUUAUGUUUUAAAAAUUAAGUGAUAGCCAUUAAAAAUCACUUAAAAGAGGGGUCUGCUAAUUUAUAGAGAGGCCUUCAGACCUCUAUGAUUCACUUUUUAAAGAAAAGAUAUUAAUGGGCUGACGCAUUAAAUCUUAUUUAGAUAUAUUUCUAGUUUCUAGUGUUUUUCUCUCUUCAUGCUGAAGUGUGGCUCCUUUAGCAUGCCACCAAUAUUUUUUUAAAUAGUUGGCUCUUUUUGUGUCAAUUUCCUAGGCCAAAUUAUUGAAUAUACUGGGAUUGGUACAUUUAGUUUUGUCACAAUUUGGUCACUGUGAAGCCAAGGUUGACAUAUGGUAAAUGGGCUUUAGAUAUCAUGUAUGGUGUACUGGUGAAACAUGCGCAUGUGUAUAUCCUAAUGCAUAUGGCUAAAAUGAAAAAUUAUUUAACAAAUGUUAUGUAACCCCUACCAAAGUUCUGAUGGUCACCACAGAUCUGUUAUGUUUGAACUAUGUAUGCUAUGUAUUGCUAAGAAGGCUAAGAAUAUACCAUUCUGCUACUA